UGUUCCGGCAAAAAUCGCGCGGCAGACAGUUAUAAAGUCGAGAACAGAUAUAAAAAAAGAUACAAUGGGAUCGACGAAGAUAGCAUUCUUUGUCACGCUGGCGGUGUUUCUAUUACUCGUAGAGGAUAUCCAGAGCUGUCACUGCCCACCAAUCUCUUUUCAGGACAGUUUUUGUGACUCUCCUUUUGCAAUAAAAGGCUUCGUGGAAAAUGGCGAAGAGGUGUGGAGUAGUUUUGGCACACGAAUGUAUACCCGUUACACAGUUCAAAUUGAACAAGUGUUUAGGAAGCCAGAGGAUGAAACUAAAAGAACAGGAAACGAGAUGAUCAUUUCAGUGCCGUAUGAAUCCUCUAUGUGUGGGAUGACUCUGACGGAAGGUCGCCAUUACUUCCUCACAGGAUUCAUAUAUCCAUCUGACCGUGAGAAGUACCAGGUGACCGGGUGUGAACUGGUUCAGUUCUAUGAAACUCUGACACCUCAACAGGUCGACGGUAUCUCUGGGGGAUACGGGUGUAGCCUGUAACAGGAAUAAAGAAGAAAAUAUUUGCUUUCAUCUGACCCCUGCUUAUGAUGUCUCCAUGAAAAUUUAUUUAGCAAAGAUUCCUUCU